AAGAAGAAGAAGAAGAAGAAGAAGAAGAGAGAGAGUGCUGUAUACCCAGCAGAUGUUCAUCAUGAUUUUUUUGUCAAGAUCUGUUUCGAUAACAAGAGGACGAAGUGUUUACCUCAGAACCGCCGACGUAUCUUGCACAUACUUCAGAUGAAGGUGCCUCACGCCCACGUAGGGAAUUAGUGACAUUAGUGUGCGCGCCCCCUUUGCAACGUCCCCUCGGCAUCCCCCAUAGCUGCAACCCCCUCCGCUUCUUUUACUGUACCUCUGUUCGUAUUCUCUUUCUUCCAUCUUACUCUCCUCAACACCUGUUUCAUAGUGCAACUGCUUUCAAGUUUUCCUCCAGUUACACCUGUGUAAUCAUUCACUCUCAAUUUCCCUUUCAGCACUGAUGGACCUCACAGGUCCCAGCGCUUGGCCUUUGACUUAAAUUCUAUACUCCAAUUUCAAGAUGCUCGCAAUCAUCAUCAUCACGACAAUACGACGACAGUUGACCUAUUACAAUCGGUUAAUAAAAAUGUCAAGAGGUAUCGUCGGAGCUGUUUAUUUACCUUGGCCCAUGAGAAGUAAUUCUAGUGUCUCUGUUGGGGAAUCAUUGUAUCCUCUACUUUUGACAGAUAAGAAAUCUUGAGAUGACAAUAAAAACCUCUGGGGGUUUGAUAAAACCCCAAAGCACUUAUAAAGGUUGGAUUUGGUGUGAACGUGUCAGAUUCUCACCAUGGACAGGACGCAGUUUCUCUUCAUCCUGCUGGGAAUGGGUCUUCCCACACUGGUCUUGGGAGAACAAGGAGGCUGUCCUGCACCUUUUGACAACAUUGGGGGACACUGCAUCUUUGUCGACAGCAUUAUUGCCGGAACCUGGUAUGAAAUGAGAGCACACUGCUUGAACAUGAGCUCGACCAUGGUGAACCUCGGUGAUGCUAAUUUGUUCCACGAUGUUGUGGCUUAUAUAAAUGCGAACGGCCUGACUAAUGCCAACUAUUGGAUAGGUGCUCGAGACGAGGGGCACGAGGCACAAUGGCUUUGGGAGGACGGCAGCAACGUGAAGAUGGGCACCCCCUACUGGGGGUAUGUGAAAAACAACUACCAGAUGCCCGAGGGGUCGACAGGUCAAAACUGUGCCCUCUUAGAUGCGUCGAAUUACUUCUACUUUAACGACGUGUCUUGCGACGCUGUCCGCAAUGUCAUUUGUCAGUUCGACUGAUUUGUCAGGUAAAGUUGUUCUUGCUCUGUCAGUUGUCGAGAUUCUCCAGAUCCGUCGACACCGACAGAAUAAAUGGCGCCAAAGAG